AUGCUGGCUCCGGUGCGUUUGAAUCAGUCCAUUACGCCGAUCCCCGGAGGAUUCGCCUCGCCUCCCCAGCCGCAGCAACCGCUAAUGCCGAUGCAGGGAAGGCAGCCAACCAUGCAGCCAACCAUGCAGCCAACCAUGCAGGCGUUGCAGCCAGUUUCAUCAAUUCACUCUCUUCAGAAUGCUCCCCAACCCUUGCAGCCAGUUUCAUCACUUCAUCAAAUCCAGCCCAUGCAACCCAUUCAAAACAUGCAGCCCAUUCAACCUCUCCAACCCAUGCAACCAAUGCAGCCAAUCCAACCAAUGCAGCCUCUCCAACUCAUUCAACCCAUGCAACCCAUGCAGGCGCUUCAAGGCCAGUCCUCGCCUCCCUUCCAUUCUCCGCAGCCUUCCCAACCCCUGCAACCCUUACAGCCCUCGCAGCCCUCCCAAUCCUCCCAAUUCAACGCGGGCUUCGCUUCCCCCGCUCCCGAAGCGGUGAGUCUCUUCAACGGUCCCUCCUACCGCGCGAUGAAUCCUGCCCGUCCCUCCUCCACCUUCUCCGUCGACUACAUGUUCUCCCCCAAUCCCCAAGAGCCCUUCUCUCCUCCUCAGCCUUCCGCACAGCCCUUCGCACAGCCCUUCGCACAGCCGACCGUUCCUCCUCCCGCGCCUUCUCUGCUGCCUUCGCGCCCCGCCCAGCUGCCCAGCCUCCUCGGAAAGCCCGCUGAAGCCUCGAAGACGACCAUCGUUCCGCUGAUGAAUCCGGCGCGCGAGCCUCCAGCGCCAGCAUGCGAGCCGCCGACGCCGACGCCGACGCAUCGUCGUGGCUUGUCGUCGGUGGUGCGGAACGCAGGCCUGGUGGAGGACGAUUCGAGCGAAGACGAAGUGGACUACGAGUCGCGAAUCGAGAAAUCGGAGAGCCAGGCGGACGAAGCGCUGAAGCGGAAAGUGAUGACGGCGCUGCAGUCGGCGUUGAGCGAUUUGCAGCUGACGGGGAUCCAGAUUCGAUGGUCGGAAAUCGAAGUGGACGAGCGAAUCGGCGUGGGAGGCUUCGCGAUCGUGUACCAUGGAAUGUAUCGCGGGUGCGAAGUGGCCGUGAAGAAGCUGCGCGUUAGCAGAAUGUCUGCGAAGGCGAUCCGCGAUUUCCACUCGGAAGUGGUGCUGAUGCGCGCGCUGCGGCACCCGAACAUCGUGAUUUUUAUGGGGCUGGUGAUGGAUCCGGUGUGUUUGGUCACCGAAUACUGCCACAACGGGAAUCUGUUCGAUCUGCUGCACGACACGGUCGACGAGAACGAGGAGCACUACGCGGUGCAGAUUCCCUGGCAGCGUCGUGUUCGGAUCGCGCUGGACGUGGCGCGCGGAAUGAACUUCCUUCACACCUCCACGCCGAUCAUCAUUCAUCGCGAUUUGAAAUCGCUCAACAUCCUCGUGGAUGAGAAAUGGACCGCGAAGGUCAGCGAUUUCGGCCUUUCUCGCUUCAAGUCGGCUGCAGCCCACGGAAUGAUGACUGGGCAGUGCGGAACGUAUCAAUGGAUGGCUCCGGAAGUGAUCGGCGGACACAUUUACACAGAAAAGGCCGAUGUGUACUCGUACGGAAUCAAUCUGUGGGAGUUGCUCACUCGGAAAAUCCCGUACGAUGGCAUGCAGCCGAUGCAGGUCGCGAUGAUGGUGCAUACACAUAAGAAGCGAUUGCCAAUUCCAGAUACGUGUCCUGAGUGGUAUGCGACACUCAUUCGGGAUUGUUGGGAUCAGGAUCCGGAUGCAAGACCUUCGUUUGCAGAGAUCAUUAAGAGAUUGAAGAGAGGAGGACCCGCUCCGACUGUACUGAAUUGA